AUGACAGUAAGCGUUGUCAUAAUACUGCUGGUCGUAAGGACAUGCUGGAGUCACCGAAGGAAUGGCGAAAAUCGCAAGGAAACCACCGAGUUUAUUCAUCCUCAAUUGCAUUCUCAAGAUCUGGGAAUGGGAUCGUCAAAUAAUUGCCUGCAAGAUAAGACCGACAGCGAGCCACUUUUAGAGGAGACCGAUCCUGUUCUUUCAUCUCUACAAUGGGGUGAACAGAUAGCUGUUGGGCAUUUCGCAGUUAUUCAUCAUGCUACGUCAUGCGUUGGUGAAGUAGCAGUAAAAGUUUACCAAUCAGAUGAAGGCUUGCUGUCAAACGAACAAGAGAUCCUUUCAUUACUGGAACCGACUAAACAUCCAAACAUCAUCCGUUUGAUUCCGACCAUCACUCAAAGUAACUACAUUAUCAUGGAGCUGUGUUCAAAGUCACUGCAUUCAUUGUUAGAGGAGCGCUCCAUUACCAUGACGGAGCUGUUCGAUUGUGCAAUCUCAGUCAAUGACGGAUUGGCUUUUCUUCAUUCACAUAACAAUGCCGGAGUAACAAAAUCUGUGGUAGCUCAUCGAGAUCUCAAUCCUUACAAUAUACUAGUGAAAGAUCAGUCUUGCCCUCGUUUACAACUAUGCAUUGCGGAUUUUGGACUAUCUGUAGUUUUUCACGGAGGACGCAUGGGAAAGGAUGCAGCCGAGCUGACCGAGCGUGGUACCGCCCGUUACAUGGCGGGCGAGUUGAUCGAAGGAUCGCUGAAUUUGCUAGAUCCUAUGACGUCACUUUUGCAGACAGACGUCUAUUCCAGUGCUUUAGUACUUUGGGAGCUACUCUGGCGAUGUAAGGAUAUUUGGCCAACAGAGGAGCCUCCUUCCUAUCGGAUUGCUUACGACAAUCUGGUACCAAGAAACCCUCGUGUGCAGGAUAUGUACCCAGUUGUUGUUAGGGAUCGUCGUCGUCCUGAUACGCCUCCAAGCGUCCAUAAGCACAGGAUCUCCGGUUUGAGCGAACUAUGGUCGUGCAUCACCGACAUGUGGGAGCAUGAACCUGAAGGACGCACGACGGCUGCAUGUACAGCUGACCGUUUGCGACGCUUACGGAAAACUAUGAAUCCUCAUGGAGUUUUGUAGACAAACUGGGAGAAGCCAUUUUGCUGCACGCCCUUUCAUCGCGGAUCAGUCCGAAGAGGGGAGAGAGAAGAUGAGGUAGCCACUCCCUCUACUCAGAAAAGAACGUCGUAUCUACUUUCUUUCCUCUCACAAAAUUGUGUGCGAAAGUAGCAGAAUGCACACAAAUCGAAAAGGCCCAGCAUGGCUCUGUUGUUGUGUAUAUAUAGGCAAAACCACCAUAAGCCGGAACAAAAAACGGGG